GUUGUACCCGGACAGUUACAUCAUCACAAAUCACUGGAUAAGUAUCUUCCUCAGAAAACAAUGGACAGACCACAUUCCAGCCGAGGAUAGGAGUUUCUUCACACUCCCUGAUUAAGUGUUUCGUAAUCAGAAGUAGCGGACUACGUUAUUGAUUGGGUUACUAUCGACACAAACUGCUCAUCACGCUCUAAACAUGUCGAUGUCCUCGAGGUCUCUGUUUCUGCUGAAGACACGUGACCUGUCUGUACAGGACCAUAGCAUGAACAUUGAAGUGAUGCUGGCACCUAACAGAACGUACCUACUGAUGAAUAAACACAAGACUCUCAACGCCAAGAGUAACAAACAAAAGGACAAAGUCGAGAAACAGCGUGACUCCUCCACACACUCAUACGUUUCCGAAAAACGUCUCGUGGACCGUCGUAAUCAGGAGUUCUAUAUCAAACGGGUAAAUAUGUUCCUCAAUCAGCUAGCACCCAACACGCGCAGUACCGUCCUAGACAGAAAGUCGUUCUCCCCCAGUUUGAAUAAAAUACAGGAUGACAAUAAGCAGGCGUCAGAGGCUGUUAAAGUGGUAAAGACGAAAGUUAAACCUAGGGUAAAGUCAGAGCCGUGCACACCCCGAGGUUCUAUCAAUUCAAGUUUCCCUUUGAUCCCGACCGACAGACGCCAAUCUAAGUCAUCAGUGGGUUUCCAUGAACGAGCAAAGGAUAAAGAUGUUGUAAAACAGACUCACACGUUUGGUCGUUCGAAUGUCGCCGUGAAUGGAGCCUAUUUAACCAUACAGGGCAGUCGAUUUCAAAAUGAAACCAGGACUAAAAUACAAAGUAGUGGUUCGCCCGUUCCCGAGUACUUCCCUCCAGUAUCGCCAACUCACAAUAUCACCAGGGAUGUCGUCACACCCUCCAAUCAGAACCCAUUACCACAAACAUUGACGGCUACCGGGGACAAGAAGCCGACAAUUCCCUUCUUGUCAAAAAAGAAAGUCAAAUUUGUGUCGUCUAAGGAUACUAACGGAUACAAAAAGUGGGAAGAGACACAAAAUAAAGAGAAACAAAAAACGAAAUAUUUGGACAAGAGAAUAGAAGGAUUUAUGCUUGACCAGCUGCGAUUUAACCAAGCCAACAAAAUAUCGCACUAUGACGUUCACAGGCGUAACGUCGACCACGUAGAAGACAGUAAACCCACAGCUAAAGGCAACUUGGUCGACAUGUUUGACGCCUUCUGCCAAACAGGAACCAAGCAACAGAUGCAUAAACUUGUCAAAAUGGCUGCUAAAAUGAAAGUAAAGACAAAAACUCCUACAUCAAGUACGUCCAUGGCGCCGUCUAUUGCAUCAUUCAAGAACUCGCAGGCAUUUAAACGCUUGAACGAAGUGGCUAUAAGGUCUUAAACUUAGAUACUGCUGUGGACUACAGGUACAUAGGAAUACACUGUCUUCUUAGAGCGGUAUUUGAAUACGAAAGAUCUUUUCGAAUAGAUAUGUGAAAACAAUUUUUUUUCCUAAGAGUUCCAUUUGACCAAGGGGAGACUGAUCCCCUAGAACAUAAUUUUUCUGAUCAAAUAAAUA